GGUCAGGAGAUGUUGAACCCGGAAACGAUGUUGUCAAUCCCACUGAAGAAGACUGAUCCGGUGGAGCUGUACCUGCCGUUACGUAACUUGGUGGCCUCAAAAUACUCGGAGAGCGAAGCACAAAAAGUUGAAGGCGUUCUGGAAACCCUAAACAAAUGCCGCAGGGACAUGGUGGAGCGUAGAGGGGACCUCUCCCUUCCCAUGCAACGUGACUGCCUCAUCCACUACUUCAAAUGCCUUUCUAUGGUUGAGCUACUCUUCACCUCUCUCUCCUCCGACGCCGACCCCAUCAUCUUUGUCUGGUACGACGCCUUCAACCCUGAGCACGAGGAUGGGGUCUCCUCACAGCGCAACGGCAUCCAAUUGGAGAAGGCCGCUGUUCUCUUCAGCCUUGGAGCCAUCUACAGCAAAAUUGCUGCCUCUUGCGACCGUACCACCGCCCUUGGCCGUCACCUUGCAAUGGAAGCCUUCAAAGUUGCCGCCAAUUUCUUCUUACAGCUCUGGAAGGUAUUUGCCAAGGACGUGGUCUCCGCCACCCUCGAUUUGACUCUACUAUUCGCCAAGUUUCUGUACUUCCUCUUCUCCGCUCAGGCUUCCGAGCUCGAAUUACAGCAACAACUCAACAACGAAGACGCCAGUUGCGCUCUCCAACAACACCGAUGUGCCCUAGCGUUUAUGUCGGUUUAUAAGCUUUAUCGUAGAGCAUACAAACUGAUAAGUACUGAUUCGGCUGCACGGAAACAUGUCUACUCUUUUGACCAAACCUGGGAAACUCAUCUUUACCAGAAGCUGACAUUCUUUCAGGCGGAGGCUCGUCAGAGGAAAUCAUCCAUCCUACCCGAAUCCGAGCGACCUAAUUUAUUAUCAAGGGUCACAUCUUGUGCUGAUGCAGAAUGUGUCGCUGAGAUAUUAGUUAGAGGGAUUUGCAGGCGCUCGAUAUUCAAGCCACGACAAAUAUACGUUGAUCUCAUCCUCUCGGAGUACAAUCCUUUCAAGAUUAUGAAGGAUGGAAAGCUGGUGGCUAACCCAUGGGACGUACCUCCUCCUUAUCCAACAGAUUCGGCAAUCCUCUCAUCUUCGUUGUCUUCAUUGCCGUUGUCAGGUAUUCUUGCAUUCCUUCCUUUGAAGAAGAGUGAGCCCUUGAAUCUCUAUGAGUCUUUGCGCAAUUACUUUGUCCUCAAAUACUCUGAGAGCGUGGCAAAGAGAGUAGAAGGCCUCCUCCAAAUGCUACACAAAUUGCGCAAUGAGAUGCUGCGUGAUGACCUUUCGCUACCCCUUCGCCGCAACUGCCUCAUCCAUUAUUUCAAAUGCCUUUGCAUGAUUGAGCCUUUCUUCCCUAUGAAUGACACACCCAACCCACCUGUCUUUGUUUGGUACAAUGCCAUCAACCCGCAACAGGACUCUUCUCAGCAUAACAUCCAUUUGGAGAAGGCCUCUGUUCUCUUCAACCUGGCAUCCCUCUGCACCCACAUUGCUCUCUCCUGCGAUCUCACCACCAUCCAAGGCCAUUGCCUUGCCGUGGACGCCUUAAAUGAUGCUUUACAUUGGCUCAAACAACUGAGUUUUCUGUCUAAGGAGGCAUGUGGCACGAUUGACUUGUCAGAACAAUACAUCCAUUCCACAAACAAUGAGAUUGUCAGAUUGAAAAGCAAGUUUCCUCAUCCCCAAUCUGAUGUAUCAUCAUAUCCUGCUGCAGCUUUUGAUCCGUUGGCAUCUGGGCCUUUAGCUGAGAUUCUUGUUCAAUCCUCGACACCUCAAUAUCUUGGGUCGAAGUUGAAGACCUGCACGAGUGACGUCACCGGACAAUUUCUUGUGGGGUAUUGUAAGGCUCACUCCCUGCUUCAAGGGGUAUGUGAAGCAGCAUGCUUGGACCUUCUCUCUGAGGUUAGCCCUCUCAAGAUUAAGGAUGGAAAUCUUGUAUUCAAUGCAAUCUUAGAGGCACCAAAUUUAGCAUUGGAGAACAUGAUUUUGCAGGAGACACCACAUUAGCAUUACCGUAUAGAAACAAGCUUUAGGAAUGAACUUAUUUAUUUAUUUUUUUAAAUUGGAUGUUGGAACUUUGUUUGUUGAUGCCAGAAUUUUUUUAUCUUCGUGAUUUUGCUAUUGCUAGUUUUUUUUAAAACAAAGUUAGGAGUGAAACUCAAAUU